UUGAUCGCUGGGCAGCAGCGGCUCGAUCAGCUCUGAUCUGGAGGUUCUGCUUUCACUCAGCUUCAUACUGAUGUUAAACUCUGUACUGGAAAUAGGAAAUACACUCUCAGCUCCGAGAAAGUUCCAUUUAAAUUGUCCUCUGUUGAGUGGUAAAGCUACAGCAGCCUGUGGACGCCAUGUCCUCUGAAGCCACAUCGCCUGUGCGGACAGGCCUGUCUACAACUCCGCCACUGUCCCCUAGUUCUCCUUUGUCCCCUAACUCCUUGAGGCUGCCCCAGCGAGUCCGCUCACCAUCGCCCAUGGGGGACUUUCUGCUCCCUAGUCCGCUGCCCACCCGCCGGAACCGCACUGUCUCUGCCACAGCUCGGGCGUCAGAGGGGCCGGCCUUUACCGGGGUCUGCAAGUGCUUUUCACGAUGUAAAGGGCACGGCUUUAUCAUACCAUCUGAUGGAGGAUCCGACAUCUUCGUCCAUAUCUCAGAUAUUGAGGGGGAGUAUGUUCCAGUAGAAGGAGAUGAGGUAACCUAUAAGAUCUGCUCCAUUCCACCAAAAUAUGAGAAGGUGCAGGCUGUGGAAGUGACCAUAACUCAUCUGGCACCGGGCACCAAGCAUGAAACAUGGUCUGGAAAAGUGGUUGACUCAUGAAGAAAGCUAUUAGUGUGUGUUCAUUUUUUUUUGUAGUUUUGUUCAGUUUUAUGAGUUAAAUAGGUGAGAAACAGGGCUGAGUGGUGAGUUCCUGUUUAAAAACUGACAGCAGGUGGAGUUUUGGGGGUACUAACAUUACCAUUUGUGGUUUAGUAACUGAUUAGUUCUUUAUUUUUGUUGUUGUUAAGAAAAAAAGACAAUAAAGCUUUAACUCAUGUCAGUGUAAUCACUGAUAUAAAGACAAAA